GUCAGGGCAAGGCAUACUGACAGUAUGGCGGCAGGAUACAGCUGGAAGGAUGGUACUGUCGCCCGUGAUGUGUCUUUCGCCAACAGAAUGUGAAUGGAAUAUCGACGGUAAAGGGAAAGGAUACCGCAAUAAAGGCCUGUCACCGUGAACUCCGAGAUGGCCAGGCUCGCGGACUACUUCGUGGUGGUCGGUUACGACCUCGAUAAGAGAGGGGGCAGUGAGGGGCAAGGUCACAUUCUCCAGCGCUUUCCUGAGAAGGACUGGGAGGACAAUCCCUUUCCACAAGGCAUCGAACUGUUCUGUCAGCCCAACGGAUGGCAGUUAGUUCCAGAGAGGGAGCGUCCGUCGUUCUUCGUGUCGGUUCUGACCGACAUCAACUCAGAGCGUCACUACUGUGCCUGUUUCACGUUCUGGGAGGGCCUGGACAACCCUCAGCUACAGAAGGCUGAGGCCAGUGAGGUGGAUGAGGACGAGGUCCCAGGGCUGGUCCAGCCGGCCCAGGUCUUCGCCCCCAAGAGCCUGGUGCUGGUGUCCCGUCUGGACCACACAGAGGUCUUCAGGAACUGUUUGGGGCUCAUCUACACCGUGCAUGUGGACAGCCUCAGCGUUCCCUUGGAAACGGUGAUCGGAAACCUCCUCACCUGCGUCAUCCCCGUUGCUGGUGGUUCUCAGAUAAAUGAAUCCCCAGUAUGUAGUUUAAAUCUUUCGGUUCCUCAGGCCCUAGCCUGUGACUGGCUACUGGGCUGCUUUCAGGACCAGCCGGGCCAGGAAGAGAGAGAGGAGAGCUUGAGGACUAUAACGUUGGGUGCAGGUGAUCGACAGGUCAUCCAGACGCCCAUCAACGACUCCCUCCCUGUCAGCGGCAGCAGCGUAGCCCAUCUCUUUAGACAGCUUGGUAUAGUGAACGUUCUGUAUCUGUUCUGUGCUGCUCUGACGGAACACAAGAUCCUGUUCCUGUCCAGCAGCUACCAGAGACUUACAGACGCCUGCAGAGCACUACUGGCCAUCAUGUUCCCCCUCAAAUACAGUUUUACGUACGUCCCCAUCCUGCCAGGGAAACUCCUGGAGGUGCUGAGCACACCCACGCCUUUCAUCAUCGGGGUCAAUUCUUUCUUCCGUUCCGAGACCCAGGAACUGGUGGGUAGCAUGACCUUGGACGUGAUCAUCGCUGACCUGGACGGAGGCACGGUGACCAUCCCUGAGUGUGUCCACAUCUCCCUGCUCCCCGACCCCCUCCUCCAGCAGACCCAGACCGCCCUCUCCAUGGUGUUGGACCCAGAGCUGGAGAUAGCGGACCAUGCCUUCCCCCCUUCCUCCACACAACCCUCCACACUCAAGAUCCAGGAUAAGGAGAUCCGGGCGGUGUUUCUGUGGCUGUUCGGCCAGCUGUUCCAUGGCUAUCGCUGGUGUUUGCACAUCAUCCGGAUCCAUCCUGAACCAGUCAUCCGCUUCCAUAAGGCUGCGUUCCUGGGCCAGAGGGCUCUGACUGAGGAUGACUUCCUGAUGAAGGUUCUGGACGGUAUGGCGUUCGCUGGGUUCAUAUCGGAGAGAGGGCCGCCUUACAGACCAACAGACCUGUUCGAUGACCUGAUAGCCAAUCAGGUGGAGCGUAUUCGCCAGGAGGAGUGCAGCCCGCACAAAGUCAUGAACCAUAUCAAGGAGCUGGCCGAGCAGCUCUUCAAAAACGAGAACCCGUACCCUGCUGUGGCCAUGCAUAAGGUGCAGCGGCCAGCUGAGAGCCCUGGUCACAAUGACCCCAAGAACUUGGCCAUCUUUCCCCCGCUGGACGACGUCACGGUCCAGCUCUUCAUCGACCACGCCGCCGCCAAGCUCAAGACCGCCCCACCCGUGGUCAAGGCCGAGCUCAGGGGCAUGGUGCCCUCAGGACCCCCACUGGGAGACAUCGUGGACAGGCAUGGUCAUGUCCUGGCUAACAGUGCUCGCAGGCUGGAGGUGGUCAGGAACUGCAUUACUUACAUAUUUGACAACAAGAUGCUGGAAGCAAAGAAGCUGAUGCCAGCGGUACUGCGGGCGCUGAAGGGCCGGGCGGCCAGGGUGUGUCUGACCCAGGAGCUCAACCAGCACGUCCUGCAGAACCGAGCUGUGCUGGAUGACCAGCAGUUUGACUACAUCGUCCGCAUGAUGAACUGCACCUUACAGGACUGCUCCCACAUGGAUGAACACGGUAUUGCAGCCGUCCUCCUUCCCCUGGUUACGGCCUUCUGCAGAAAACUAGGUGCGGGCAUCACCCAGUUUGCCUACAGCUGUGUGCAGGAGCACAUGGUGUGGACCAACAUGCAGUUCUGGGAGGCCAUGUUCUACAGUGAUGUCCAGAACCACAUCAGAGCCCUGUAUCUGGAGGUAGACGAGGGGGAGCAGCCCACCCCUUCCCACGGGCAGCAGGAGUCUGGUCCAGCAGCAGGAGGUCAGGAGCUGCUGGGUGCUCUGGAGUUGGCGUCAGAGCAGAGCAGGCUGUGGCCCACGCUCAACAAGGAGCAGCAGAGUGAGCGCGUGCAGAAGGAGGAGAGCACGGUGUUCAGCCAGGCCAUCCACUACGCCAACCGCAUGUCCUACCUGCUACUGCCCCUGGACACCAGCAAGAACCGCCUGCUCAACAGGUCUGGGAUUGGGGACGUGGAGAGUGUUAGCAACAGCUACGUCACCAACAGGUACACCAACAGCAUUGCUGGCAGCAUGGCGGAGAGCUACGACACAGAGAGCGGCUUUGAGGACGCUGAGAGUUCUGACGUGGCCAACUCUGUGGUACGAUUUAUCAAUCGCUUCGUAGACAAAGUGUGUAACGAGAGUGGGGUGACCAACGAGCACCUCAAGGCACUACACACCAUGAUACCAGACAUCGUUCAGAUGCACAUCGAGACGCUGGAUGCAGUCCACAGGGAGAGUAAGCGACUGCCACCGAUCCAAAAGCCCAAGCUUCUGAGGCCCAUUCUUCUGGCGGGGGAGGAGCUGGUGAUGGACGGCAUGCGGGUGCACCUGAUCUCAGAUGGCCGGGAGGAGGCCACGGGGGCCAUGGGGGGUCCACCCCUCCUCCCUGCUGAGGGGGCCAUCUUCCUCACCACCUACCGCCUCAUCUUCAAGGGCACGCCUAACGACCCGCUGGUGGGUGAGCAGGUGGUGACUCGGUCGUUCCCCAUCGCCUCCCUGACUAAGGAGAAGAGGAUCUCUGUCAGUCUGUCCAUGGACCAGUUCAUACAGGAGGGUCUGCAGCUACGCUCCUGCACUUUCCAGCUGCUGAAGAUAGCGUUUGAUGAGGAGGUGGCGUCGGACCUGGCCGAGGUGUUCCGGAAGCACAUGCACAAGCUCCGCUACCCCCAGCACGUCCAGGGAACCUUCGCCUUCACCGUGGGCCAGAGUGGCAAGACGUUGGUUGAACACAAGACCAAGGACAAGAACCAGUCAAUAAAAACACUUUCCAAAAACCUGGUGAAGAGCGCCAAGAGGACGAUCGGUCGACAGUAUGUGACCCGGAAGAAAUACUCACCUCCCACCUGGGAGAACAGGAGCAGCCAACAGUCAGAGCUGGACGAGGAUGAGGUCUCAGUCUCAGAGGAGAUGGACCAGGGCUCCCUCACCCUCUCUUCCACCAUCCGCUCCUCGGACAGACAGACCAUGAGCAACGUGGUGGAGCGCGCCUGUUGCCGGGACUACCAGCGGCUAGGACUGGGCACGCUCAGUAACAGCCUGACGCGCUCCAAGAACGAGCCCUUCCGCAUCUCCACCGUCAACCGCAUGUACACCGUCUGCAGGAGUUACCCCGGCCUGUUGAUCGUGCCCCAGAGCAUCCCAGACUCCACCAUCCAGCGCAUCUCCCGCUGCUACAGACAGAACCGUUUCCCUGUGGUGUGCUGGAGGAACUCUCGUACCAAGGCUGUGCUGCUGCGCUCUGCAGGCCUCCAUGCUAAGGGAGUGGUGGGCUUCUUCAAGUCCCCCAAUGCCCCCAGCGCCGGUACGACACGUACUAAAAGCCCCUCCCAGGCAGACUCGACCAGCCUGGAGCAGGAGAAGUACAUGCAGGCGAUCAUCAGCUCCAUGCCCUCCUACAGUGAACCCAGCGGCAGGAACACACUCAGCGGCUUCACCUCCACUCACAUGAGCAUCUCAGACUCGUCAGAUAAGCUGAGGCAGCCUAAGAUCGGAGCUCUGAUGAAACAGGUGAUGGGAGGCAAGGAGGACAUACCUGGAACCUUCAGCCGCGGAGCUCUGGGUCAAAGGGCGAGGGUCAUCUCCCUCUCUCAGCCCAGAGUUUCAGGCAAGGCCAGAAACCCCCCUGGAGGGAAGUGGGGCAGUAUCCGGGGCAGUGGGCGUCUGAGUGCCUACAACCCAGAAGUGGGGAACAGGCUGUCCAGUAAGGAGUCUCCCCAGCCCAACGGGGGCCCCAGCGAGGCCCUGUUCCUCAGACAGCAGAGGGCCUACCUCUACAUCAUCGGAGACAAGACACAGCUCAAGGGUGGGAAGCAGGACUCGUUCCAGCAGUGGGAGGUGGUGCCCAUCGAGGUGUGCGACGUGCGGCAGGUGAAGAACAGCUUUAAGAAGCUGAUGAAGGCCUGUGUUCCCAGCUCAGCCACCUCUGAACCCAGCAUGACCUUCCACCGCUGCCUGGAGGAGUCCGAAUGGAUGUGCCUGCUCCACAGGGUUCUGCAGGUGUCUGUCCUGGUGGUAGAGUUGUUAGAUACAGGCUCGUCAGUCAUGGUCAGUCUGGAGGACGGCUGGGACGUUACUACUCAGGUGGUGUCUCUGGUCCAGCUUCUGUCAGACCCAUACUACCGGACCUUGGAUGGCUUCCGCCUGCUGGUGGAGAAGGAGUGGCUGUCGUUUGGCCACAGGUUCAGUCAUCGCGGUGCCCAGACCUUGGCCAGCCAGAGCAGCGGCUUCACACCGGUCUUCCUGCAGUUUCUCGACUGCGUGCACCAGAUCCACCUUCAGUUCCCCAUGGAGUUUGAGUUCAGUCAGUACUACCUGAAGUUCCUGGCCUACCACUACGUGUCCAACCGCUUCAGAACCUUCCUGCUCGACUCGGACUACGAACGCAUCGAGCUCGGGGUUCUGUACGAGGAGAAGGGGGAGAGGAAGAACCCACAGGUGUGUAAGUCAGUGUGGGAUUACAUCGACCGGCUCAACAAGAAAACACCUAUCUUCUUCAACUACAUGUUCUCACCAGAGGAUGAGGAGGUGCUGCGGCCGUACAGCUUCAUCUCCAACCUGAAGGUGUGGGACUUCUACACAGAGGAGACGCUGUCUGAGGGCCCGUCGUACGACUGGGAGCUGGUGCAGAGGGGCCGGCAGGAGAGACUGGCUGAGGAGGUGCCUGACAAACCAGACACCACCACCCCCAAGUCCCAGAGACACAUCGUCUGGCCCUGCUACGACAGCCGCAGCAGAGUGGUACCCGACGCCAUCACCAAACUGCUGCAGGACCUGCAGAGUCUGGAGGCUGAGUUGGGGCUGCCACCAGAGAAAUGGAAGGACACUUGGGACAAGAUCAAGGCCAACCAACGGGGCGAGGCCAAGCUGGAGAACAGGCCGUCGUUCAACAGCUCCUUGCUGAUGUCGUCCAACCUGAGUCACCAGCGGCGGUCACAGGGGGUGUACCUUCCGGAGAGUGGAGUGGGCUCCUCUAUUAACCUUUCCAUGGACUGUGAGGCCAGCACCACCUCCACCCCUGUGGCCGGGCGUCCCAGCACCAGCACCCUUUACAGCCAGUUCCAGAGCACGGAGAGUGAGAACAGGAGUUUUGAGGGCAUCCUGUAUAAGAAAGGUGCGUUGCUGAAGCCAUGGAAACCCCGCUGGUUUGUGCUGGACAAGACCAAACAUCAGCUGAGAUACUAUGAGACCAGGAAGGACAAGGACUGUAAGGGGGUGAUUGAGCUGGCGGAGGUGGAGUCUGUCAUUCCAGCCACGCCCACCAUGGGAGCGCCCAAACACAUAGAGGAGAAAGCCUUCUUUGAUCUCAAGACGACCAAAAGAGUAUAUAACUUCUGUGCGCAGGACAGCCCCAACACACAGCUGUGGAUGGACAGUAUUCAGAGUUGCCUCUCUGAUGCCUAGAGAGCUGCACGGCUCCACCAUAACAGGAACUAUCCAACCAGGAACCAAUGAGCAGUGCUGAGGCACCCGAUGGACAUCUCUGCUGGCCAAUCACAGGAGGUCCUCUCAAGAAGGAGGCGGGAUUGAGACAUAUGAGGGUAGAGUCCUUUCCACAGUUGAGUGCCGUUCAGUGUCUGUAGUAGUGUUGAACUGAUGUCAUGUUUCAGUGUUUUUGUUAUAAAAAUGAAAGGAAAUGAAAACGAAAGGAAGAGAAGUCCCUGAAUGACCACUCGCUUUUGUCUCACCGUGUUGCUGGCUGUAGCCUCUCACCUUGGUAGAUCUACCACUAUUUGCGCUGGAUGUCUAUGCAAAAUGGAGCUAAAAGAAAAAAAGCAUGAUAUAGUUUGUUGUGUGAAGAUGGACAGUUUCUCACCAGACUAAUCUAACUGGGGCCUCCAGCAUGCACCAGCAUGCAGAUGUAUCCAGACCCUCCCAUCUCCUAGAGACUACAACUCCCAUUCCUCCACACACCUCAACACUCCAGGGAGGAAGUAAUGAUGAACUACAUUAUCCAGCCCAUGUCUCCAGCCCAGCCAUGCAGAGGUUCCUGCCUGUAGUCCAUGAAUACAGGAAGUGAAUUGGAGUGUUUCCUUUAACAACAGAACACAGAAUCGGCCACUUUGAAAAGGAUCCAGAACGUGACGACAAACGAAACCGGCCCCAACUGACGCUGGACAGUCGUCAUGGUCACCUGCUAGCUGACGUUGAAGCCUCCCCUGUUUCCCCCUCUCACUGCCUGAUGUAGCUGAGUCUUACCCCAGUAAGGAGUUGGACACUCAUAGAUCCCCUCUCCUCUAAGAUGUUUCUUAUUCCCCAGACACACCGCCAAGGGAGCCCUCAACGGUUUAUGAAGGAUUUAAACCUUUUUUAAAAAUUUUUACAGCUUAUCUGCAAAAAAAAUUGGGUCACUCAAAAUUGUGUCAGAGAUAUCAGUCCUCCUAGUUAUCACCCCCAGAGCAGUUGAUGGUGAUAUACUGUGAAAGCUGUUAUUAGCCCUCGUGAUCAAGCCAGGAGAAUGGCAGUCGGAGAUUAGAUUCUACAUCCGCCGGACAGGGAGUCUGUCUCUGUUUGCAGAACAAUAUUAGUGUUUACACAAGAAGCUAUGGGCUGUACUUCCCAAGCUAAAGUUCUUCCUUUAUAUUUCUUAUUAAAAAAAACAAAUAAAAACCACUAUUACCGUUGAAAAUGUUAAGGGAUGCUGAAGGAACAGGAGGGAUAUAUUUUUGUGAAGAUUAAUUUAUGCACAAAAUGAUAAGGUGAGAUGCAGAUGGAUGGGGCUUGUGGGCAGAGCAGAGGGGAUUAUGGUAUGGAUGACUAGUCUGUUUACAUGGCACAGUGCUGAGACUGGAUCUGACUGCCAUGACAACUAACAUGGCAGACUUCCUGGAUACGACCCCCCUCCCCCUCUGUUUAUAUGGUCAGGUUUAAUAUAGGACAAAUGGUAUUUCAGUUAUACAAGUGCCAGUGGAUUUUAACAUGUGACAAGUAUUAGACUGUUGGAUUGGAAUGUGCUCUAAACAAGUAAAAACAACCGAUUUUUGUUUUCAGGUAAUACAGUUCUUAACCAGACGAGGUGGUGUUCAAGGCACUUAGAAUAAUUCAAAUUCACACAUUUUAACCAAAUCCCCAACAACAAUAAUUAUUACGCAGCCAAUUAAUUGCAUUGAAAGUCUCAAAAGCAUGUGUCCGAACAUAAGAUAUCACUCUCUGUGCUAUGUUUACCUACUCAGCCUUUGUUUGGUGGUCUGUGAGGCAGUUUGGCUUCUGAACAACUGCAUUUGUGUGAACAGUAAUACUUCAGCGAGUCCCAACUCUCUCGCGGCUGCUCUUCUGUCUAAACCAGUGUUUUUAGCUAGAGCCUGUUACAUUCUAUUCUUAAGCCUGUACAUAGAGGAGUCAAUGUCUGUUAGAGCAUUGUAGAGAAAUAAUAUGUUUAGCUGGAAUUUGUGAUUAAAUCACUUUUGUUUUUUUAUGCUACAGAGCAGUAUCGGUUAGCCCUCAUUUUAAGCCCCCAAGUCACAAAAACAGACACACUCCUUCUCGUUUAACACAAACAUUGCCGUGUAAAAUAUGAUUAUACUGCUGUCUUGUUGAACAUAAAAUUUGAAAUGUAGAUUGUUUGUGUCUUAACUCCUUUUGUAUAUACUACUCAGAUUUGUAUGUAACGUUUAUGGUAGUAAUUUAUUUAACUUUGUCUCCUCGGUAAGAAAAGUUCCUCAAGCACCACUUUUAUUUUUAAAAUUAGGAAUCCAAUGUGCCAUUUGUUUAUUUCUGUAUUAACGUGACUAAUGCUACUACUUUUUGGAAAAUGUGUUGUAUAAGUAAACCCUCAAUGUCUUUUUUUGUUUUGUUUUUUAACAUUGUUGUCCUUCCCCAAUAUCAACCCCUAAGCAGAGUGGAAAUGGUGUGUUUGUAUGAGCAAGAACUAGCCUCCCUAGUUAAGGUGGGUGUUCUAGAAUGGAGUUAAGGAAUCUCAUUAAGUUGCUUACCUACACAGGUGGGGUGUUUUCAAAUGUCACUCACUGACACACACUUAAAAAGCCCAGCUCACUCGAUUUACUGCAGUCUACUCAUCUCUCCUGAUUUGGGUAGAUUAUAUCCACAACAUUAAUCAGAUCAGUACAAUGUAACCUUUUUUUAUUAUUUAUUUUUAUGUUUUUCUUUUUUUCUCUAAUUAGACAUUUUCUUCUGAGCCGGGUCUGUCAAUCAUGUAAUAUAUUUUUUAGAAUUAAAACAAAAACACUGUGGGUUUAAACGUCA